AUGAAUACAUAUGAAGAUGAGAAGAAUAGAAUAGCACUGAAAAAUAUCAUUGAUGAGAGAAAUAAGAAGAUUAUCAAAACUCCAUUACCUUAAUUCUAUUUAGAUUAAGUUUGUGGAAUAGCUGAUAGACCAAUCAGCAAUCAGUUAACAUUCAUAUAAGGAAGUAUUGGAAGUUAUAUUAAUUUGUAGAUCUAAUUGUGUUUUAUGCAUCUAAUAUGAUAAUUGUAUAGAAUGUUGAAACAGGAUAAUAAUAAUUUAUACCAGGAAGAUAUAAAAAUGUGACUGCAAUUGCUGCUGCAAGUAGAAAAGAUGGUUUAAUGAUUGCUGUUGGUGAAAACUUAGAAUAAUCAUCAAAUUUAGUUAUUAUAAUAAAAGAUAAAAUAAGAACUAUUCCAUUGUAAUGCAAAGGUGCUAUUACAUUAAUAUAAUUAAAUGUAGAGAAAUAAUAUUGUGGAUUACAAAUAUCUAAUUAAAUAUAAAUUUGGAAUUAUGAAAAAGAAAGAUUAUUAGCAUCAGCUUUUGUAAAAGCACCUUUUGAAAAAUUUAGUUUUCAUCCUUUGAAACAUAAACAUAUUUUAUUAUCUGGUCAUAAUUAUUUAAGAUUAUGGGAAAUGUAAUUUUAAGAAAAAUAAAUUAAAGAAACUCAUGAAACUUUAAUACCACUCAAAAUAGAAAAAGAAAAUAAAUUUUUAGAUCAUGGAUGGGUUAUGCUUUCAGCUAAUUAAGCUUUAUUAGUAUUAUUAGCAGCUGGUAAUAAAAUAUUGAUACUAAUUAAUGAUCAUUUCAAAAAACCUAUUGAUAUUGAUCCUUAAAAUUUAAAUUUCAUUGAUGCACCUGUAUAGGAUUUUAAUGCAGAAGAUAAUGAUGAUGUUAUGGGUAUUAAUUCUGCACUUGAAGAUGUUAUCAAAGAUAAAGUUGGAUAAAUUUCAAUGAACAAUCAAACUAAAUUAACAUAAAAUACAACUAUAAUGACAUAAUAAUAAUUAGAAUUUUAAUGUUUAUCAACUACUAAAAAAGGAUUCAUUUUAGGAGGUACUAAAGGAGCUGUUUGUAUUUAUGAAUUUGAUAAAAAUUAUAAUAUUGUUAGUGCCAUGUCAUUUAAUAUGAAAAGUAAUAGAGGUGAACAUAAAGUUAUUUAAAUAUCUAAUAGUGGUGAUUAACUCAUUUCUAUAAUAAGUUUAUUUGGUAAUCAAUUAUAUUAUAGUAUUUUAAAUACUGCUUAAAUGGAUACUGAAAUUAGUCCUAUCUAACCAUUCUUUGCUGCAGGAUUUCAUAAUAAAAGAGUUAAUUCUAUUUCACAUGCUAAAAUUAAAUAAGUAUUUGUUACAUGUUCAGAAGAUAAUUCUGUUAAAAUUUGGAAUUAUUAUCAAAAUGAAAAUAAUGAUAAAAAAGGAGUCUUAAGUAAAUAUUUCAAAGAAGAACCUGUAUGUGCUUCUAUGCAUCCAUUUGGUUUAUUUGUAGCUGUUGGAUUUACUAAUGGAUUUAAAGUCUUUGCAAUCUUAAAUGAGGGUUUCUUUCCUCUUAAAGAUGUUACUUUAAAUAAUUGUAAAAUUGUUAAAUAUAGUCAUGGUGGCCAUAUGCUUAUUACUAAUGAAAAAACAAAUGUCUAUAUUUAUGAUGCCAUAUAUUAUGAACUCAUACAUUAAUUUGAAUUUCAUAAUUCACCUAUUAAAGAUAUUGCUAUAUCUCUUAAUGAUUAAUAUAUUGUUAGUACUUGUACAAAUGGAUAUGUAUAUUGUUAUAAUUUAGCAGAACUUAAUAAUAAUGUUGUUAGAGAAUAAAAACAUUAAGAAUAAGGAAUUUUUAAUUCUAUAUAAUAUGAUGAAUAUUUUAUUGGAAGUACAAAUGAGAAAUUAAUGGUGAUUUUUGAUAAAAAUUUCAAAUUAAUUACUGAAUUUCAUGUAACUGAUUGUUAUUUAACUAAAUUAUUAAUGACUGAUUAACAUAUUAUUGCAGGUACUUCUAAAGGUAGUGUAAGAAUAUAUCCAAUUAGAGAUGAAGAUAAUUUAGAAUUAGAAUUAAUCAAUUAAAAAAAUGAAACAAUGUAUAAAAUACCUGAAUGUNUAAUUAAUGAUCAUUUCAAAAAACCUAUUGAUAUUGAUCCUUAAAAUUUAAAUUUCAUUGAUGCACCUGUAUAGGAUUUUAAUGCAGAAGAUAAUGAUGAUGUUAUGGGUAUUAAUUCUGCACUUGAAGAUGUUAUCAAAGAUAAAGUUGGAUAAAUUUCAAUGAACAAUCAAACUAAAUUAACAUAAAAUACAACUAUAAUGACAUAAUAAUAAUUAGAAUUUUAAUGUUUAUCAACUACUAAAAAAGGAUUCAUUUUAGGAGGUACUAAAGGAGCUGUUUGUAUUUAUGAAUUUGAUAAAAAUUAUAAUAUUGUUAGUGCCAUGUCAUUUAAUAUGAAAAGUAAUAGAGGUGAACAUAAAGUUAUUUAAAUAUCUAAUAGUGGUGAUUAACUCAUUUCUAUAAUAAGUUUAUUUGGUAAUCAAUUAUAUUAUAGUAUUUUAAAUACUGCUUAAAUGGAUACUGAAAUUAGUCCUAUCUAACCAUUCUUUGCUGCAGGAUUUCAUAAUAAAAGAGUUAAUUCUAUUUCACAUGCUAAAAUUAAAUAAGUAUUUGUUACAUGUUCAGAAGAUAAUUCUGUUAAAAUUUGGAAUUAUUAUCAAAAUGAAAAUAAUGAUAAAAAAGGAGUCUUAAGUAAAUAUUUCAAAGAAGAACCUGUAUGUGCUUCUAUGCAUCCAUUUGGUUUAUUUGUAGCUGUUGGAUUUACUAAUGGAUUUAAAGUCUUUGCAAUCUUAAAUGAGGGUUUCUUUCCUUUAAAGGAUGUUACUUUAAAUAAUUGUAAAAUUGUUAAAUAUAGUCAUGGUGGACAUAUGCUUAUUACUAAUGAAAAAACAAAUGUUUAUAUUUAUGAUGCCAUUUAUUAUGAACUCAUACAUUAAUUUGAAUUUCAUAACUCACCUAUUAAAGAUAUUGCUAUAUCUCUAAAUGAUCAAUAUAUUGUUAGUACUUGUACAAAUGGAUAUGUAUAUUGUUAUAAUUUAGCAGAACUUAAUAAUAAUGUUAUUAGAGAGUAAAAACACUAAGAAUAAGGAAUUUUUAAUUCUAUUUAAUAUGAUGAAUAUUUUAUUGGUAGUACAAAUGAGAAAUUAAUGGUGAUUUUUGAUAAACAUUUCAAAUUAAUUACUGAAUUUCAUGUAACUGAUUGUUAUUUAACUAAAUUAUUAAUGACUGAUUAACAUAUUAUUGCAGGUACUUCUAAAGGAAGUGUAAGAAUAUAUCCAAUUAGAGAUGAAGAUAAUUUAGAAUUAGAAUUAAUCAAUUAAAAAAAUGAAACAAUGUAUAAAAUACCUGAAUGUUUUGAAAUUUCAGUUCAUGCAACUGCUAUUACUUGUAUUGAUUAUGAUGGUUAAUAUAUAUUUACAGGAUGUGAGGAUGGAUCAGUUUGUUUAUUGAAAUCUAGAAGUGAGAUUUCAGAAGAAAGAUAAAGGAUGGCUGCAGUUUCAAAUGAUCUUUAUUUAGAAGUCAUAUUUAAGAUUUAAAAAGAAAAUGAUAGAAUAUAAUCAAAGAAUUUUGAAGUUAUUAAAUCUGAAUAAACUGUAAGAAUUGAGACAGCAAAAUUAGAGACUUAAUUUAAAUAGAAAAUUGAUUAAAUGACUAAGAAAUUUUAAUAAACUAUGUCUGAUGAUAAGAAUUUAAAAGAUAAAUUUGUAGAGAAAUCAGAAUAGGAUUAUGAUUAAUUAUAUAGUUAAUAUAUGGAAGAGAAAGUUAAAUAUGAAAAUGAAAUUAAUAAACUUAAAUAAUAACAUAUUGAGAAAAUUGAAUAUGAAGAAUCUAGAAAUUAAGAAAUUGAAGAUGAAAUAAAAAAAGUAUAAGAAGUACAUAAAGAUGAUUUACAANAAAUAUUUCAAAGAAGAACCUGUAUGUGCUUCUAUGCAUCCAUUUGGUUUAUUUGUAGCUGUUGGAUUUACUAAUGGAUUUAAAGUCUUUGCAAUCUUAAAUGAGGGUUUCUUUCCUUUAAAGGAUGUUACUUUAAAUAAUUGUAAAAUUGUUAAAUAUAGUCAUGGUGGACAUAUGCUUAUUACUAAUGAAAAAACAAAUGUUUAUAUUUAUGAUGCCAUUUAUUAUGAACUCAUACAUUAAUUUGAAUUUCAUAACUCACCUAUUAAAGAUAUUGCUAUAUCUCUAAAUGAUCAAUAUAUUGUUAGUACUUGUACAAAUGGAUAUGUAUAUUGUUAUAAUUUAGCAGAACUUAAUAAUAAUGUUAUUAGAGAGUAAAAACACCAAGAAUAAGGAAUUUUUAAUUCUAUUUAAUAUGAUGAAUAUUUUAUUGGUAGUACAAAUGAGAAAUUAAUGGUGAUUUUUGAUAAACAUUUCAAAUUAAUUACUGAAUUUCAUGUAACUGAUUGUUAUUUAACUAAAUUAUUAAUGACUGAUUAACAUAUUAUUGCAGGUACUUCUAAAGGAAGUGUAAGAAUAUAUCCAAUUAGAGAUGAAGAUAAUUUAGAAUUAGAAUUAAUCAAUUAAAAAAAUGAAACAAUGUAUAAAAUACCUGAAUGUUUUGAAAUUUCAGUUCAUGCAACUGCUAUUACUUGUAUUGAUUAUGAUGGUUAAUAUAUAUUUACAGGAUGUGAGGAUGGAUCAGUUUGUUUAUUGAAAUCUAGAAGUGAGAUUUCAGAAGAAAGAUAAAGGAUGGCUGCAGUUUCAAAUGAUCUUUAUUUAGAAGUCAUAUUUAAGAUUUAAAAAGAAAAUGAUAGAAUAUAAUCAAAGAAUUUUGAAGUUAUUAAAUCUGAAUAAACUGUAAGAAUUGAGACAGCAAAAUUAGAGACUUAAUUUAAAUAGAAAAUUGAUUAAAUGACUAAGAAAUUUUAAUAAACUAUGUCUGAUGAUAAGAAUUUAAAAGAUAAAUUUGUAGAGAAAUCAGAAUAGGAUUAUGAUUAAUUAUAUAGUUAAUAUAUGGAAGAGAAAGUUAAAUAUGAAAAUGAAAUUAAUAAACUUAAAUAAUAACAUAUUGAGAAAAUUGAAUAUGAAGAAUCUAGAAAUUAAGAAAUUGAAGAUGAAAUAAAAAAAGUAUAAGAAGUACAUAAAGAUGAUUUACAAUCUUUAUUAGAAUAACAUAAAUAUGAAUUAAAAUAAAUGAAAUUAUAAUUCUAUGAAAAAUGUAGAAAAGUCUAAGUCAAAUAUUCUAGUGUUGUUGACAAUGCUAAAAAUUAUGGAACUGCUUUUAUUUAAAGAUUAGAAAAAGAAGAGGCUGAAUAUGAAAAAGAAAUUGAUGAGUAAAUUAAAGAUUUAGAAAAUUAAAUAGCAAAAGUUAUUUAAGAUAAUGAAAAAUUAGAAAAAGAAAAUAGAGAAUUAGCAUCUUAAUUUGAAUAAUUAAAAAAAGAUGAUGAUGAUUUAUAAAUUCAAUUUAAUGAAUUAUUUGAUGAACAUAAUAAAAUUAGACUUGAAAAUCUAAAAAAUGAUGAUGAUAUUUUAAAAAUGUAACAUCAAUUACUUGAAAGAUUAUAAGUUAUUGAUUCAAAAGAAGAAACAUGUAAAGCUGCUAAAGAUGAAUAAAUUAAUUUAGAAAAUUUCAGAUAUAUGUUAGAUUAGAAAAUUAAAAGUCUUUAAAAUGAUAAAUAAUUAUUACUUGAUAAAAUUACUGAUAAAGAAGUAAUAUAUAUUUAAUUAAUUUUUUAUAGUAUAAAUUAAGAGUUAUGUUUAAAGAAUUGAUUGAUGAAUCAAAUAAAAAUGAAAUGAAAUAUUAAUAAUUAGUUUAAUUACGAGGAUAAUUAGAAGUUAUAGAAACAUAAAUUAAAAAAACUGAAAUUUAAAUCUUUUUAAAUGCUAAUAAAUUAAAAAAUUAUGAAAGUGUAAGAAAUCUCAUUAUAUACAUAAAUAGACCUUAUUAUCCAUUAUGAAGAGCAAUGAUCCUCCAAGUCUAAUAGCUUAGAAAUUGAGACAAAUCAUUAAUGAUAAAGGAGAAGAAAAUGAAGAAAUAGAAUAAUUAUCUUAAAAAAAAUCUAUAUCCAAUAAAGAUAUUAAGGAUAUAAUCAAAUUAAAAUAAGAUAAACCUAAUGAAUUAAAUGAAGAAUUAUUAAGAUAAGGUUAGUGGAUGACUAAAAAAUUAUAUCUUAUAAAAGUAACCUCAGAUAAAUUAAAGAAAAUCAGAGAUGACAAUAUCAACACUAUUUUCAAUUAAAAUACAAAGCUUAUUGAAGAAUGUAAUAUGCUCCGAAGUGAGAAUGACAGAUAUUCUAAAAAGAUUAAGCAUGUUGAAAAAUUAGUAAAGGAUGCAGACCGAUUACUCUAAAGAUUAAAACCCAAGUUAAACAAAUAACCUAAAUUAAAUUAAAUUGAAAAAUAAAUUGAGGAAUAAAAACAAAAGGUCCAAAAUCAGAAAACUAAACUUUCUAAUUUAAAGGAUUCAAUGAGUUAAAUUUUAAAAAAAUCAGUUGUAGAUUGA